UUACAGUUUCUUACAAUAUUGCUCUAAAUAAUAUGAAGUAAGUUUUGUUUUUAUAAUAAAAUAAAUUGAUUUAAAUUUUAAAAUAAUCAGUGCUGUGAAGUAAUUAAUUUGUCUUAAUAAUGAGUGAUAAAGCAGUAAAAGAAAAACCAAAGACUGAUCUUGGUCUUCUCGAGGAAGAUGACGAAUUUGAAGAGUUUCCAGCUGAAAAUUGGACAGAUAAGGAUAAAGAUGAGAGAGAUGUAAAUGUGUGGGAAGAUAAUUGGGAUGACGACAAUGUUGAUGAAGAUUUCAAUACACAGCUUAGAGCAGAACUAGAAAAACAGAACGUAAAAUAAAUUUUGUUAAAAGAAUUUAAGUUUUUUAAAAUAAGAUAUUUUUGUCUUCGAACUUAUUAAAACAACUUUGCCUAAAAGGUUUCAAACAGGCUUUAACCUGAAGAUAGGCUAGCCUAUAUUGUUUUCAAUUUGCAAAUAUUUUUUAAUUAAGUACAAUGGACAGUUCAAGUUUAAGGGAUAGUAUAAGAACCGAUAUUGUUGAAAUUAGACAAAUUAAACGUCAUCAAACAUUAAAUAGUAAGAGGAAAGCACUUCAAGAACUUGUAAAUCUAGGAAGGCAUGUAAAGGAAAGUGAGGUACUUAUUGUCAGCAAUAAACUGAAAACUAAAUCUGCUGUUCGAGUUGAAGACCUGAUCUUGUUAAAACUUGCUUUCGUUCAAAGUGCCAACAACAUUGUUUCAUUUUUAAAAGUAAAAGGAGCUCUACAUGCUUUGGUGAGAGAACUAUCGAGUGUUAAGUCCAACUACCAACUGGUGGCCGCAGAAUGCUGUUGUAAUCUAGCACUCGGCGAUAGUAGAUCAUGUCUCCAAGUAGCUAAGGCAGCGGGACCGUACCUGAUAGCUCUUAUGAGUGGAUCCAAUUAUAACUUAAUUCAUGUGAGUGUAUGGGCCUUAGCCAACUUGGUCGGAAGUGAUGAGAAAGUGUGGAAAGUACUUCACUCACAAGGCUUUCUAAAUAAACUCCUUCAGCUGGUCUCUGAAAAUGACAUUAAGAGUGACGUACCAGCAAAUUCUGAUGUUCAACAAAGUUCAUGGACAGCACUUGUUCACUUAUUGCACAUGGGAUCAAAACUUUUAACGAAAGAAGAAACUACAUCUAUUGCAAAGAUUGUCACGAAUCUGAAGUACACUUCAGGAGAAAGCCGUCAUGUAGUACAGUAUCUUCUUUCUUGCAUGGAUGCUGCAGAAGAAGAAUUGUUAAAGAACAAGAUUCAUAUCCAUUGCCUACAGUAUUUGGAAGAGACAGAGUUGAGUGACGAGACCAUUACCUCUUACACACCUGCUGUCCGAACUGUUGCCAACCUCGCAGCAGAAUCUUCAGGAACUUGUUCUUUGGAAAUAGUUGCCAAUUUCAGUAAGCUUCUAAAUGCUGCACAAAAGAUAUUCAUGUCUCCUUAUAAACACCUGGUCAAUGAAGUUGGGUGGCUAUUAGGAAACCUUUUGAAUCAUCAAUCUCUAGAAGUUCAGUCAGCAUUGGAAGAAUUCAGUUUAGAUUUUCAAAUAUUUGAAUCACAGAUUGUGUUCUUUAGUACUUAAAGUAUUGUAGUUUUAUAGUUACAUUCCUUUAUUUCUCCAUUGCUUCUUUCUAUGAUGUUAUUUUUAUAUAAUAAAUUUGUCACUUAAUAUAUUA